UUCCAUGUUGUUGUUUUAAGUCUAUUUGGUCGUUUCUUUGCUUUUAAACAAGUCUUCAGGAGUCAACUUGUGUGUGAUCAGAGAGAGCUUUUGAGAGAGAGAGAUCCAUGGAGCUCUGAUCAACCAAAUGCUUUAAAGAAACCGAACCUUUUGAGCUUCCUCUGGACUAGGUUUUAUGCUUUGAAGGUGACACACUCAUAUUGCUUGCGAUGAUGAUCGUUGCUUCUGAAAGCCCUCUGAAUCAGUGAUCAGAAUUCAGUAUUUCGCCAUGAAGAAUUGAGAAAGAUGAUAUCUGUUUACGUGGAUUACGAGGAUGAUCACUGCCCUUGAGGUUCCCCUGAAUCUCUAAAUUAGGAAUUUGGAUUAUCUUCUCAUUUAGACAUGACAUUCGAGUACAUGGGAAACACCAAUGGCAAUAUAGCUUCUUUGCCUCCUGGCUUUGGAUUUCACCCAACCGAUGUGGAGCUUGUGUCUUAUUACUUGAAGGGAAAAAUACUUGGCAAGAAUAGGGACACUAUUCCGGAAGUGGACCUGUAUAAGCAUGAGCCAUGGGAUUUGCCAGAAAAAUCCGACAUGCCUUUUAGAUGUUCCUCGUGGCAUUUCUUUUGUGCUCGAGGCAAAAAAUAUCCUAAUGGUUCUCGCACAAACAGAGCUACAAAAGCUGGUUUUUGGAAGGCCACAGGGAAGGACCGGAAUGUGAAAUUCCGAAGACGCACCAUUGGCACUAAGAAGACCCUUGUAUUUCAUGCGGGAAGGGCUCCAUCAGGGGUGCGCACGGAUUGGCUUAUGCAUGAGUAUCAUUUGGCGAAGGAAGAGUGUGAAGCUGCUGCACCAGGCAUGAAGGAUGCCUUUGUCCUCUGCCGUGUUUUUAAGAAUGAUGAAUCGGGUACAAGUGAUGAUGAUGGGUUGGAGCAAAAUGAAAGGCACGUUGCAGCACAACCAACAGAGGGUAGAUCAAUGAAUACCCCUUAUGGAAACUCAUAUGAUUUGGUUUCUGAUGAUUUAUCCAUUGCGAUGUAUCUGAAUUCUGAAGCAGCUUUCAUUCCAGCAUCUGGGGAGUACACAAGCAAUCAGAGGGUGGAUCCGAAUCCUCACAUUCUGGAACUAAAUGAUGGGGUUGCAAGCUCUCCACUUAGGAUUGAAGAUUUCCCUGAGAUCCCAUUCAAUCUAGGAAUUGGGGACCAGUCAACCUUUUUUGAUCAUUUCAGCACAAGUGAUCCACUCUCUGAACAUGACAUUAUUGAAGAAAUAUACGACGCAAUCACAAGUGCCUCUCUCAGUGGCCCCUCUUCUACACUUCCAGGUGACCAUGGAUUCACCCCAAGUGCCUACUCAGAAUUAUAUAAUCCUCAGGUUCCAGACAAUGUGGUGGACAGAGAAGAACCUGAAAUUAAUGUAAGAUACUGGCCCUCUGGUCCAGAGUCCGAAAUUCCAGGUCCAAGGUCCAGACUUCAGAUGCAUAAAAUGCAAAAUCGGUCUACUAAUCGAGCAGAGACCUACUCUUACAACAAAGGAGCUGUUGGGGUCCUUAAUGGAAGUGGCUACUCUGGUUCUGAAUCUAGUUGUGAUCUUCAGGAGCAACUGCUUUUAUUAGAGGAGUUCAAUAGUGGGCUAGGUAAUGAAUCCAAAGAGAUUCCUAUGUCCGAACCAAGUUUGGCACCCCUUGGUUGCUAUCAGGUAUCAGCAAUUUUCUGUAAGGAUGAGGAGCCCAAUUCAGACCAGUUGAUAAGAGAGGCACAUUCUUAUCAGACUGUUACUGAAAUGAGAGAUAUAUUCAUAUCAGAUGGGUCUCCAUUCCGAAAGGAUUCCGGUUCGACUGUGGCUAAAGUUAAGUCUCGGCAAAAGGGGAGAAAGGCUCGCCGUCCGCCAAAGGAAAAUGUCAGUUUAACAAAGAAACAAGUGAAGAAAAUUAUUGGAGAUUCAGGGGGUCAAAGCAAUGUGGAGGGCUUUCAUAGUGUUUCACAAAGGUCAGUUUUGUCGAGUUUGGGAGCUUGUAUUAUUGGGGCAAUGCUUCUGUUCGUGUAUGCGUACUUCAUGCUAUGCAAGAUACGGAAGUUUGUCACAGGUUUAUGUAUCCUUGGUUUAUAGGAGGUUGACCACAAACCCUAAUUGCCACAAAAAAAAAAAAAAAAAAGAGAAAAAGAAAAAGAAAAAAUGGAGAUUGACUACUAAGUACAUACAGGAUGUAGCUACAUAUAAUGUUGAAAGUCAGUACCUAGGUUUGACACUUUAUUUAUAUGAAUAAGUUAAGAUGCAGGCUCGGCCUUCUGGUUGAUAAUUUGGUAUGUCUUACAUGCUUCAGCUCUGGGCAACUGAGAGCUCUAGACGAUGAAUUGCUUAGUUUUUAUUUUACUUGUUUGUAAGAGUUAUAAGUCGUCGUUGAAGAAAAACGUGUAACUAAGAUUCUUUCAGAGUCUCUUGAACUUUUUUUUGGAGGUCAUGGAAGGCUGAGAUUGUUUUUGGGGUUGUAAGUAACUGAUGUAUACAUUCAGGCAUGCAUAUGUAUAUAAAUACAUUUGAAAUUGUUCCAA